AUGACCGAGGGAAAACUUGGUGAAAGAGCCCGAAAAUCAGUCCAUCGAUGGUUAGAUAGGAUCUGGCCAGGAAUUUUGAAUGAUGAAAACCCCUCGUCCUUCCGUACCAUAACAGAGCGAAGACCUGAUGAACUGGUUAACAGCUUCGUUAACAUGUACGAUAAAGUAGUGACAGCUCAUGACGAAAAGGCGCUAUUCAUCAAAUAUAUUCCGCGGUAUAAACACUACAGGGCACCGAAAAACCCUAUUGUUUUGUGUCAUGGUCUGUCGGGAUUUGAUAAACUCAUUUUGGUACCGUCGGUCGCUCAAUUGGUGAAGGUUCUCAACAUUCAUAAUGUGCUUAACAACGAGGAAUCCUAUAUGAAUGAAGAUGCCGACCUCGUCACGACCAAGGGGAUGAUUGAAAUUGAGUAUUGGAUUGGUGUCAAAGACGCUCUUGAAAAGAACGGUUGCAAAGUGAUCACGGCCAAAGUUCCUGGAUUCGGAAGUAUCGAGACAAGAGCUGGUAUCCUAGACGCAUGUAUUGAGAGGGAAACGGACAAGUUGCGACAAAAUUUCAAGCCGGAAGAGAUUUAUAAUAGGUCAAAGGUAAAGUGCAAAGAAUCAGAAAAUGAGCCCAUUAAGGUUAACCUUAUAGCGCAUUCCAUGGGUGGACUGGACUGCAGAUAUCUCAUUUCGAACAUUCCCAAUACAAAUUACAAGGUCGUGAGCCUCACGACAGUUUGCACCCCGCAUCGUGGGUCAGAAAUGGGCGAUUUCGUAGUAAAUCUUGCUGAUUCUCUAGAGAAAAGUCUACCGGUUGAGAAUUCCCUUAGAAAACUUGCACCGGCGAUAUACCAACUGACGACUAGUUACAUGGAAGAUUUCAAUGCAAAAACUCCAAAUGACCCUUCCAUUGCUUAUUUUAGCUAUGGCGCUUGUUUUCAUCCCAAAUGGUUCAACGUAUUCUAUCCAUCUUGGAGAAUAAUUUCGGAUCUUUCCAAUGGUCAGCCAAACGACGGUCUCGUUACAGUUCAAAGCAGCAAAUGGGGCGAAUACUUGGGGACCCUGACCAACACCGAUCAUUUGGACAUCAUAAACUGGAAAAAUAAGUUACAGCUCGAGCUAUCUUCGAAAAUUCCAGAAUCUUACGGUUUUUUGAAAGAUCAAGUAAGACCAAGUAUUGACAUUCUCAGCUUUUAUAUGGGCGUUGCAAAUGGACUUGCAGAGAGGGGGUUUUAG